UUCAAGCUCCACUUGCCUGCUUCAGCUCUAGCCACCACUUCUCAGCUGACAUGAAGGUCUCUGUGGCUGCCCUCGCUGUUCUCAUUGCCGUCUUCUGCUACCAGACCUCUGCUGCACCUCUUGGCUCUGACCCACCGACCUCCUGCUGCUUCACCUACACCUCCCGGCAGCUGCCCCGCAAUUUUGUGGUGGAGUACUACGAGACCAACAGCCUGUGCUCCCAGCCAGCCGUCGUGUUUAUCACAAGGAAGCGCCGCGAGGUCUGCGCCAAUCCCGAGCAGGACUGGGUCCAGCAGUAUGUGAACGAGCUGGAGCUGAACUGAGGUCCCAGGACAGACCCUACCACCCUCCGUCCCCCAGCUGCCAGCAUGAGCGAGUUGCAGCCAGCUGUGGGCUCCCUUGGAAACUCUUCAGUGUCAUUUAAAGCUAGUUAGGAUAUUGAAAAUGUUCCAUAAUCUGAUUUUACUGUUUGCUAUUCAACUUUUUAUAAGGGAGGGAUCAGGUGCAAUAAUUCAUAUCCACACAAAUAAGAGUAUUAUUUAAUAGAGAUAUUUUUAAAUGAAGACUCAUGC